UCGUGAAGGAGGUUAGGUCCGCGAAGCGCAAUCGAUUCAUCCAUCCAUCCACCCAUCUAACCAUGGCCGAGGUCGUAGCUCACCACCACAACCAACAACAACAGCAACCUAGCGCAGACGCACCCGCAUCAUCAGAACCACAUCUCCAAAUACCAUCACGGUCGCAAUCGCAAUUACAAUCCCAACAGGAGCCCGCGACCACCAACACCGCCACCACCGUCCCCCAUGGCACCAAGCGCGCGCACGACAACACCUUCGAGCCGGAGCAGCGCCUGAGCAAACGCUUCGACCUCUUGAACCUGGAAGCAAACGGCGCACGCCUCUACAUCCCCAUCCCAGGCGCGAUAGACUCGACACCACAUCCGACCCCACCAAACAACGACGUCGCGCCAAUCUCCCUCUCGUCCUCGUCCUCGAAAAAGAACCCCCGGGCACGCAGAACACCCUCGUCUCGGAGUCGCGCAUCGGCAUAUACCAAAAGCCAGCAAGAUGCAGCAUCCACAAAUAGCAGCAGCAGCAGCAACGGCGGCGACUUAGCCGUCGCAGCAGGAACCCCACGAGCCGCAGAAGAUGAAUUCAUGCAAAUCGACCCCACCCCGCAUAAACUCUACAUCCACGACCUCAACGCCGAACUCUCCGACGACCUCUCCUCGGACGACGAAACCCCAAUCUUCCUCUCAGACAUCGAGCGCCACCUCUCCAAGAUCCCCCGCCACGUCCUCUUAGCCGGCACCGCCACUUCGGACCUCCACCGCGACCCCCAUCCCGCCGUUCCCGAACCGACGCCUGAUAACCAGGUCGUGCUGUAUAACGUUCCGAGUAGCCUGAGCGUGCCGCAGGAGAGGGAUAGUGUGAGGAUGGCGAUUGUCGAGGCUAGGGCUAGGGUAAGGGAGAGGCAGGCUGGUGGUGCCGGCGCGGGUGCGGGUGCUGAGAUAUCGCCUGCGCCUGCGCCUGCGAUGGCGAGUACGAAUGAUGCUGCAAAUGCUGAGAUGAUACCCAAUGCGAUCGCGGAUGCGGAUGCUGAUGCGGAUGCCGAUGCCAUGGAUAUCGAUUGA